AUGCAGCUUCAAUCAUUGUUGACCCCAGUCAUCCUGGCCUCUGGCCUGCUGGUAGACCAUGUGUCUGCCGGUGGGUUCGGCAGGUUCAGCCAAAUGGCUCGCGAUCGUCGAAGUGAGAAAAGAAAUCCUUCUUUAGCUGCUGCUCACGACAUAGAUGCGCGCUCGAAGGACCACUAUCGCUUCUUGAGCGAGACUACCAAGCCUUAUCUGGUUGAAAGUCUGCCUGAUGUGCACUUUGACGUUGGCGAGAUGUAUUCCGGAAGUGUCCCAAUUGACCAAGGCGACGACGCGAGAAAUCUGUUUUUCAUCUUCCAGACCAAGAUCGGUGCCCCCGUGGAUGAGAUCACUAUCUGGCUUAACGGUGGACCGGGUUGCAGUUCCCUCGAGGGCUUCUUCCAAGAAAAUGGGCGAUUUCUGUGGCAGUCUGGAACUUAUUUGCCAGUUGAGAACCCAUAUUCUUGGGUCAACCUCACAAACAUGCUCUGGGUCGAACAACCUGUCGGUACUGGCUAUUCCCAAGGCAAACCUACCGCCACCACCGAGGAAGAGAUUGCCGAAGAUUUUGUCAAGUUCUUCAAGAAUUUCCAGAAGCUUUUUGGCAUCAAGAAAUUCAAUAUCUUUGUGACGGGUGAAAGUUAUGCUGGAAGAUAUGUACCAUAUAUCUCAGCCGCCUUCCUAGACCAGAAAGACCCCGUACACUUCAAUCUCAAGGGAGCGUUGGUCUACGACCCAUGUAUCGGCCAGUUUGAUUAUGUGCAGGAAGAGGUGCCUGCCGUGCCUUUCGUCCUGAAUAACGCCAAUCUCUUCAACUUCAACCAGAGUUUCUUGAACGAGCUCGAGGCGCUUCACAAGAAAUGUGGGUACGAAGAGUACAUUGACAAGUACCUCACCUUCCCUCCCCCUGGAAACCAGCCCGUGGAGUUCUUCAACUACACCAGCCAAGCUUCCUGCGAUGUCUUCGACCUUAUCUACAACGAAGCAUUCGGACCAAACCCGUGCUUUGACCUGUACGAAGUCAACACCGUGUGCCCUCUACUCUGGGACGUUCUCGGCUUCCCCGGCUCUCUAGACUAUAUCCCCGCCGGCGCCACUGUAUACUUUGACCGUGCCGACGUCAAGAAAGCCCUCCAUGCUCCCAAUGUCACUUGGACCGAGUGCUCCACCAAACCCGUCUUUGUCGGAGGCAACGCUGGCCCCGAACAAGAAGGCGAUACCUCCGCCAACCCCAUCGAGCACGUCCUUCCCCAAGUCAUCGAGGCCACCAACCGCGUCCUGAUCGGCAACGGUGACUACGACAUGGUGAUCAUCACCAACGGAACCCUGCUGUCCAUCCAAAACAUGACUUGGAACGGCCACCUAGGCUUCCAGCAGAAACCCACGAAGCCGAUUGUGAUCGAUCUGCCCGAUCUACAGUACCAGGCUGUCUUUGACGAGAACGGUCUGACUGGUUACGAUAGCCACCAGGGAGUGAUGGGUAUCCAGCAUCAAGAGCGAGGCUUGAUGUGGGUCGAGACCUUCCAGAGUGGACACAUGCAGCCGGAGUAUCAGCCCCGUGUGACCUAUCGUCAUCUGGAGUGGGUUUUGGGCCGCGUUGACCAUAUCUAA